GAAUUGGGCAACCGGGGCUUCCCAGAAGCCGGGCCACUGCCCUUGAAUCUGGAAAGGUUGGGACCAGGAGGAGGGGGCUGCCCGCCGAGCGGGAGCCGCAGAGUGCCGUGCUCCUCCAAUCCUGCAGAGUGCUCCCAAGCAGAGGUGACCUCGAGCGAGGGGAGUCCCCGGACCCUAGGCCUGUGGGUUUCCCUGUGAGCGCUCAGGAGGGUGCAAGCAAGGCUGGAGGCGGGCGCUCGGGGCGCGGCCAGCGGCUCCCGUGGGGCGCACCGGCGGGGCUGGCUGGCCUUUGGCUGCUGCUUCUGCAGACUGCCAGGCGAAUGGCGGGACGGAGGGCUGUGGCCCGUAUCGGGCCCGGGGCGCUGCUGGCUCUGCGCGCUCUGCUGGCCGCCGCGCACCCGCAGUGCUUGGACUUCAGGCCGCCCUUCCGGCCGCCGCAGCCGCUGAGCUUCUGCGCGCAGUACUCCGCCUUCGGCUGCUGCACCGCGGAGCAGGACGCGGAGCUGGCCCGCCGCUUCCGGGCCCUGGAGACCCGCUUGGAUGCCGGGGUGUGGGCGACGUGUGCGGGCUACGCACUGGACCUGCUGUGCCAGGAAUGCUCACCCUAUGCGGCCCAUCUCUAUGACGCCGAGGAUCCCGCCACCCCACUUCGGACAGUGCCUGGCCUCUGUGAGGAUUAUUGCCUGGACAUGUGGCAGACCUGCCGAGGCCUCUUUCGUCACCUCUCCCCUGACCGUGAGCUCUGGGCCCUGGAGGGCAACCGGGCCAAAUUAUGCCGCUACCUGUCCCUAGAUGACACCGACUACUGUUUCCCAAGCCUGCUGGUGAAUGAGAAUCUCAACUCGAACCUGGGCCGCGUAGUGGCGGACGCCAAAGGCUGUCUGCAGCUGUGCUUGGAGGAGGUGGCCAAUGGGCUUCGAAACCCCGUUGCUAUGGUCCACGCCGGCGAUGGCAGCCACCGCUUCUUCGUGGCAGAGCAGGUGGGGCUGGUGUGGACCUACCUGCCUGACCGCUCCCGCCUGGAGAAGCCCUUCCUGAACGUGAGCCAAGCAGUGCUAACGUCACCCUGGGAAGGGGAUGAGCGGGGCUUCCUGGGCCUUGCCUUCCACCCCCGCUUCCCACAGCCCAGGAAACUCUAUGUCUACUAUUCGGUGGGGGUCGGCUUCAGAGAGUGGAUCCGCAUCAGCGAGUUCAGAGUCUCGGAGGACGACGAGAACACUGUGGAUCAUGGCUCGGAGAGGAUAAUCCUGGAGAUUGAAGAACCAGCUUCCAAUCACAAUGGAGGCCAGCUGCUCUUUGGGGAUGACGGCUUCCUCUACAUCUUUACUGGAGACGGCGGGAUGGCUGGAGACCCCUUUGGGAAGUUUGGAAAUGCACAAAACAAGUCGGCGCUGCUGGGUAAGGUGCUGCGCAUCGACGUGGACCGCAAGGAGGGCGGCCUCCUCUACGGUAUCCCUCCCGACAACCCGUUCGUGGACGACCCCGGAGCGCGGCCCGAGGUCUAUGCCCUGGGCGUACGCAACAUGUGGCGCUGCUCCUUCGACCGCGGAGACCCAAUGUCUGGCACUGGCCGUGGGCGCCUGUUCUGCGGGGACGUGGGCCAGAACAAGUACGAGGAGGUGGACCUGGUGGAGCGGGGCCGCAACUAUGGCUGGCGCGCUCGCGAGGGCUUCGAGUGCUACGACCGCAAGCUGUGCGCCAACGCCUCCCUAGAUGACGUGCUGCCGAUUUUCGCCUACCCGCACAAGCUGGGCAAAUCAGUCACAGGAGGCUACGUGUACCGGGGUUGUGAGUACCCCAAUCUCAAUGGCCUCUACAUUUUUGGCGAUUUCAUGAGCGGGCGACUGAUGUCUCUCCGAGAGAACCCGGAGACAGGCCAGUGGAAGUAUAACGAGGUCUGCAUGGGCCGUGGGCAGACCUGUGCUUUCCCAGGCCUCAUCAACAACUACUAUCCCUACAUCAUCUCCUUCGCAGAGGAUGAGGCUGGGGAGCUGUACUUCAUGUCCACGGGUGUGGCCAGUGCCACAGCUGCACGCGGCGUCAUCUACAAAGUGAUCGAUCCCUCCAGACGGGCGCCUCCAGGGAAAUGUAAGAUACACGCUGCUGAAGUGAAGAUGAAGAGUCAUCUCAUCCCCUUUGUGCCCAAGGAAAAGUUCAUCUGGACGCCAGAGAGCACUCCGCGCCCCACAACUCGCGCUCCCACUAAGGCGCCCCGCCGCAGGCGCCCCACGGCUGCUCCCCCUGCCCCCACCCCGCGACCCACAAAGCCCCCAAGGCCCACGCGGCGACCUGGGGCCCGGAAGGGAGGAGGGCGACGGCGGGGACGUCCGAGUACCGCGGUCCCCGAACCCCAGAACGGCUCGGUGCGCCUGGUACGGCCCGCGAGCCUGAGCCCCGGCCGCGGCCGCGUGGAAGUGUUCAUAGGCGGACGCUGGGGCACGGUGUGCGACGACGCCUGGGACACCAAGGCAGCCACCGUGGUGUGUCGCCAGCUGGGCUUUGCACACGCAGUGCGAGCCGCCAAGCGGGCUGAGUUUGGCGAGGGCCGCGCGCUGCCGAUCUUACUGGACAACGUGCGCUGCGCGGGCAGCGAGCGCAACCUGCUGGAGUGCGCGCACGCUGGCGUGGGCACGCACAAUUGCAAGCACGAAGAGGACGCUGGCGUCGAGUGCAGCCACCAAGACCCGAACCAGUAGUGUGACCUCUUCGACCUGGCGGUGCUAGUCUGCGAGUGGCCCCUUGGGUUUGCGGACGCGCCGUGCAGCACGCACGAGCCAGGAUGGAGGGUUCAUCUGCACGUGACCUCGUGUGCGUGUGUGUGCGUGUGUGUUUGUGUAUGUUGGAUGAGAUAUCGGACUUGUCAGCACUUCGGAGAGCAGCCACUGUUCAGAAACAGCAGUGGGUAAGGGAAGCUGGAUGCCUUUUACAGUGUCAGACUGAGGAAAGGGACCAGUCUUUCUCUGCCAGCGCUGAGUGACAGGCGCCCGAACAGCAGGAUGGUAGCCUGAGAAACAUGGCUAGAAUGUGGGCAGCUGACCCAGUAGUCCGAGGCACCGCAGAAACGAACGGGCAGACUGAGAGCCACAGAGAAGGAUCUCAAAGGGCCAGGGAGCUUGUGGUCAUUUGCUGCCCACCAGGGACCAGGCUGCCGAAAAGAAUCAAGCGCCCAUGAUGGAAGACAGACUAGAGGGCCUGGAGGACCUCUGAAACUAUUUUCUGGCACCCUGGGGGAGACUACCGGGUCCCCUCUAUCCCUGAAGGCUGACCCUCACCUAUUCCCGGGACAGAAGCUCCCGUAGGCUCGCACUCCGCACUCCAUCACUUCAGCCCCGAGUUGGGGCAGGGAGGGGCUCUACUUCAUUCUCUUUCUGUCACCUCCCAGGGGGUCCUCAGAUUCCUCAGCCUCGAGGGCUAAGGUGGGGCCACAAGACUACUCCCCAGAGCUGUGUCAACAAUUCGACUAUUUGCAACCUUUCCCCUUAUCACCGCCCACGCGCCUGGAGGCUGGGGUGCAAGGGGAGCGGGUAGGGUAGAGGGUGGAGCCUGCGGCUUCUCGCCUUCUCUAUGGGAAGAGUGUUUCUUGUACAUGAAGGGCCUCACUGGUGGCUUUGUGCCUGGUCCUCGGAGCGAGCUCUGGAUAGCUCUGGAUGGGUCUAGGGAAACAACUGAAUCAGCAGGCAGGGAAACAGGGUACGGCCCAUGUCAGGUAGAGUGGCCAGGGCUCUUGGUGAGGCUCCUGCACUGCGUUCCGAUCUGAACAGGUCUGAGUGGUGUUCCAUGCAGGGCGACUGGCGCAGGCUCAGACUCCUGGUCACCACAGCUGAGAGUGGAACACCGAUGCACAGGGGCACCCUGGUCGCUCUGCAACCUUGGAGAUCGGUUGUUCUCUGAAAUAAAAAAAAAAAAGUUACCGAACUAUUAAGAAAAGUGACAAAAAAAAAAAAAGAGAGAGGAAAAUAUCAUUUUCUGCAAAUCUGUUCAGCUGCAAGGUGGAGGAGCAGCAGGGGAGCCUGUGUCAUCCACAUCUUUGCAGUGCGGUUCUGGAGGGGUGUCUUUCUACACAGUGGUUAUUGAUAGGAGGGGGGAGAUUUGGGUGUGGAGGACCCACCAUGCACUGAGCAGGUGCACUUGGUGUGCCAGGACUGGCGUCUUAAGACCUUCAGCUGCCAAGGUGCCUGUGCCCACCUCUUAAACACAUUCAACCAGACGGCUGUGGGAGUUCUAGUGCUCGCUGUGUGGCCUGAGGACAGACUUAACUCCUCUGAGUCUUAUUGGAAAAUGGAGUUAAUCAACUGGAUUUACACACACACACACACGCACACGCACACGCACACACACACACGCACACACACAAGGUAACAUUACAGAUGUAACUGGUUUUCCAUGGAUGAAAAGCCCAGCAGUGACUUGGUGACAACCACGCUGGCGCCUGUGUUAGACAGGGAGGCCUGCCAUGGGGAGGGACCUGCACUGAGGUGUCAUGGGAAGAAAAACCAAAGGAGAACCGUGAGCCCCUUCAAGCUAACACGGAGAACUCUUCCAGCUGGGCAUCGAACCUCUCACCCACCAUGUGGAGAGGAACUAGCCUUCAUGCAGAAGUUACUGCAUGCCAGAUACCUCAGCAGUUAGAUCACUGCACCCUGAUGGAGCCCCCAGCACUCCCAAUGUCACCACCCCUCUCUCCAUCCCCACAGUGGCUGUAAAUGGAUGUCCAGGGCUUUGGAGAACUGAGACCCACUUCUCAGUGCCUCCCCCAUCCGUAUCCUUCCUCAGGCGGUACCCCUCGAUCCCCUUUGUGACAGACACCCAAUAGUUCCUGCUGGGAGAUGGUGCCCCACGGAGGAUGUCCUGGCUAGUUUUUAUGUCAGGCUAAUGCUAGCUAGAGUCAUCUGAGAAGCGGGAACCUCAGUGGAGAAAAUGCAGCCACCAGACUGGCACGUGGGAAGCCCAUGGGGCUUGAGUAGUGGUUGAUGAGGAAGGGCCCAGCCCACUGUGGUGGUGCCAUCUUUGGUUCAGUGGUCCUGGAUGAUAUAAGAAAGCAGGCUGAACAAACCACGAUGGGGCUGUGGCUGGGAGCAAGCCAGUAAGCAGUGCUCCCCAGUAAGCAAGCAGUGCUCCCAGUAAGCAGUGCUCCUCCAUGGCUCCUCCAUCAGUUCUUUUUUCCAGGUUCCUGAUUUGAGCUCUUGCUCUGACUUCCCUCGAUGAGGGACUAGAAGAUGUAAGUUUAAAUAAAUGCUUUU